CCGGCUCCCACAGUUGGUGCGGCCCGGAACAGCAUGGCGGCUACCUUGCGACCCCCGAAGCAAGUCCUUUUGCUGCAUGCGCUGCGAAGUUUGGUGUAUCACUGGGUGGGAGGCUCUGGUUCUACCUGCUGCCUCUGCCCUCUCGGAGCUAAAAGAUACCUACUUACAGACAGUAUUGUGAAAUUAAAGGAGUUUCAACGUAAGAAGGUGGCUGUUGCAUGUAAUCUUCCUGGCACCAAAGAAACCUAUUUGAGAAACCUGGAAGAGAAACUGACCCAGAAUAAGCUCAUCCUGAAAGAGGAGUUGAGAACCCUGCUUCAUUUAUGUACAUCCCGGGACGACGUGGAGCUGGCUAAACAUGUCAUUUACAGGUACCAUGCAGAGAACAGGAACAUCACUUUGGGAGAGUACAAGUUUGGACCGCUUUUCAUGAGGUUGUGCUAUGAGCUGGAUCUUGAGGACUCUGCAGUGGAGCUCAUCAAAGACCAGCAUUUACAAGGUUUCUUCUCAGACUCCACAUCAUUCAAUAUUUUGAUGGAUAUGUUAUUUAUCAAAGGCAAAUAUAAAAGUGCAUUGGAAGUACUGAUUGAGAUGAAAAACCAAGAUCUGAAGUUCAACAAAGAUACCUAUGUCCUUGCUUUUGCAAUUUGCUACAAACUGAAUAGCCCUGAAUCUUUUCAAAUCUGUACCACAUUAAGAGAAGAAGCCCUAAUCAAAGGAGAAAUCCUCUCCAGGAGAGCAUCCUGUUUUGCAGUGGCAUUAGCUCUGAACCAGAACCAGGUGGCAAAAGCUAUAUCCAUUUUUUCUCAAAUCAUGAACCCAGAAAGCAUAAUCUGCACUAAUUUAAAUAUUAUGAUCCAUAUCCAGUCAAAUAUGUUGAAAACUCUAAUAGACAUAUUAAAGGAUGCCACAGAAGGAAAUCUAUCAAGAUUUGUGAAAAGACAUGUAUUCUCAGAAGAAGUGCUGGUCAAAGUGAGGGAAAAAGUGAAGGACGUGCCUGCUCUCCUGGCCGAGUUUGAUGAGCUUAACAAGAAACUGCACAUAAGUGGCCAGGUCACCGCAUACACUUUGGAUGCCCUGCUCUGCCACACUCCCAGCGACAGGCAGUCCCACACAGUGCUGCUAAACAAGAGGACAGUCAGCCGUCGGACCUUCAAGCCACUCAGCCAGUCCCUGUGGGCUGAGUAGCCCUGGGUUCAAACUUCCUGUGGGUCUGAGUUGGAGGGGGUCUGCCUUCGGUGACUCACUGGCUUCCUAGGAAAUCAGGCAUUGUAUUCCAGUGGACACUAUACGAAUCAACGCUUGGUCUCCUUGAAUUUCCAAGCUCACUGAGUGCUGGCGUGCUGCCUUGAGACAUUCAUAUUUUGUGCCGCCAUGAAGCUCUAGACACAGGAAGUGGAAAGCUCGGCUCCCGAAGGAAGGAGGCUUCUCUGUGAAAAGGGCUGAGGAUCCUUGAAGGAACAUGGCACCAGGUUCCAGUCCAGCUCCCAGAACCAGCGUGGAACCCAGUAAGCACUAGCAGGAAGGAAUUUCACUGUAAGUGGCCAUCUGACUAGUUUUCAGGGGAGUAAUUACUUGCAGAUUAUAGCCUUACUGAAUUAAGGAGGUCUGAAACCCUACGCUACCAUCCUGGAAAACAGUCCAGGAUUUUCUCACUGCUUCUGUCAUUGUUACCUGGGACCCUGGACAAGACACCAGAGCCCUCAUUUUUCCAGCUGUAAAAUAAUAGUGCCUAUGUGACUCUGCAUACUGUUUUGAAAUUUUCACUUCAAGGUUCAGUAGGGUCAAGUUUUUUUUCAGAAAUGAAUUAAGAAAUUGAAAGUGUCCUGAGAAAACGUUUUGUUUUCUCAGCAGGACAAACAAAACCAGAAUUUAACUCUCAGAACUGAUAAUAAGCCAAAAUUUAGAUGAUUAUCACUUUGGUCACUGGCAAUCUACAUGCUUUUCAAAAUAAAAGUCAAUAUAACCUCA